CCUCCAGCCAAAACAUCGGCAUCUGCGUAUGAGUUGACCUGUGUGGCAUGGCAAUCCACGAAGGAUCCUCUCGGCCUUUUGACUUGUCUGGUUUCGAGGAAGAAGAAGAAGAAAUAUGAGUUCUCAACCCACCACGGACACAUCUGCACCCUUCACUCCACCUAAGUAUUGUUCCGACGGUUACCAUAUGCACUGUAACGUAAAUCUAAUGCUGUCAUCCUUCUAUAUAUGGACCUGUUGUCAAAUACUAUAUUUCCACCUCCCCACAAAGCUUUCCAAGUUUCAAGGGAUCAACACUCCCUAUCUAAAUCCCAUGGUGUUCCCAUAUCUCUAUUUCUCAGUCGCCGCUGCCACUCCUAUUCCAUUCGAUGAUCACAGUCCUUCCCAGUGCCGGCGGACAUCUCCGGUGAGUGACUGAUAACACCGGCUUUGGCCUAAAAUCACUAUCUUCUCUCUCUCGCUGCAAUCAUGUUCACGGACGAUUGAAUAGGGCACGGCACAGAUGCUUUGACUGCAUAGCACAUGCCAAUAAGAGAAAGUUGGAAAACUACGGAAGACGCAUCUUCUCCCUCUCUUUUUUGGAGAAGAACUCGCAAGGGACAUCGGCGGCUACUUUACGAUUAGAUCCCUCACACAGGUUGACGAUUGGAGCAGCAAAGGUCGGAUCUGUCUCGGGCCUCGUCGAACCACAUUCUCUUGAGUUGGACGAGCGUGGCAGGACCUUAUAACCUCAUAUUUUAGUGCGAGAUCGCAUCAAACCAAGGUUAAGAAAUCUGAGGAGGGUUUUGGCGACAUAAAAUGGAAGCGAGAGGCAGCAAGAGCUACCAAAGCUUGGACAUGUCCGGGGACAAUUCGGAAGCGCAGCCGGAGAGGCACAGCUCCCGUAUUCUGAAGCCAUGCGUGCUCCUAGUCACCUGCUUGGUAUCGGUGCUGUUGGUGUUCCUCGUCGGAACCCAUAGGACGCCAUCUUGGGAACUGCUGCGGCCAGUUGGUGCAGGAGCCGGAAUAGGUCGGAAAAAUAGCUCCUCCGAGGCACCCAAUGACAGACUCCUUGGCGGCCUCUUGUCUCCUGACUUCGACGGCGAGUCCUGCCUCAGUCGAUACCAGUCUAUGCUCUACCGCAAGGCAUCACCUCACGCUCCUUCGCCUUAUCUCAUCCGAAGGCUGCGAGAGUACGAAGCUCUCCACAAGAAAUGCGCUCCGAACACCCAUCUCUACAACAAGUCCAUAGAGCAGUUGAAGUCCGGCCGCAGCAACGGCCCCAUGGAGUGCAACUACGUGGUUUGGAUCCCUCACAAUGGCCUCGGCAACAGGGUGCUCACCAUCGUCUCCUCCUUCCUCUACGCUCUCCUCAACAACAAGGUUCUGCUGCUCCACAUCCCCAGCGACUUCACCGACCUUCUCUGCGAGCCCUUUCCGGGGACUUCGUGGGUUCUGCCUUCCGACUUCCCCCUCCACAACUUCCUCGACUUCGACAAAGGGACUCCUCAGAGCUACGGCAACAUGCUCCGCAAUAAGGUCAUCGACGACGAGAUGCUUUCAGGUUCUUCCAAUGCUACAUUGCCGGCUUACGUCUACCUCCACCUGCCCUGGUACUACGACCAAUGGGAUAAGCUGUUCUUCUGCGGCGACGCGCAGCUGAUGCUUCGGAGGAUCCCUUGGCUGCUGCUGAAAUCAGACCACUACUUCGUGCCCUCCCUGUUUCUACUGCAAGAGUACGAGGAGGAGUUGCGGCAGCUUUUCCUGGAGAGAGCGACCGCGUUCCACCACCUCGUUCGGUAUCUUGUGCACCCGACCAACGUCGUGUGGGACUACGUCACCAAGUAUUACCGUGCUCAUCUUGCUGCGGCUGAUGAGACGUUGGGCAUCCAGAUCCGAGUCUUCCACAACUUCCCCGUUCCGUUCGAGUCGAUGCUGCGUCAGGUCAUUAACUGCUCGCUCAGUGAAGGCAUUCUGCCGGCGGUGAACCUUCAGGAGUGGGCGGCACCAGCUUCGAAGACCGACAUGAAAGUGAAGGCCGUCCUGGUCGCUAGCUUGUUUUCCGGAUACGCCGAGAGGAUCCGAGACAUGUACGCCAAGCAUCCCACGAUGACCGGCGAGGUGGUCAGGGUGCACCAGCCGAGCCACGAGGGGCAGCAGCACACGGAACAGCAAGGCCAUAACAUCAAGGCGUUGGCAGAGGUGGAGCUUCUGAGUUUUAGCGACGCCCUGAUCACCAGCGCGUGGUCGACGUUCGGGUACGUGGCGCAGGGGCUCGGGGGCCUGCAGCCGUGGAUUCUGCUCCGGCACACGCAGUCGGACCUCCCAUGCCGCCAGGCUAUGUCGUCGGAGCCAUGCUAUCUCAUGCCUCCCCCUUACCCUUCCACCCAUUGCUCCAAGGAUCAUGGCGACGCCGGCGAAACGGCUGCGGCCAGGCAGUAUGUUAGGCAGUGCGAAGAUGAACUCGGAGGCAUUAAGGUUUUCGACUAGAAUACACACAUACCCCUCGAAAGUUGCCGAUUUUCGUAUUUACCCUCCACGUUUGAGGGUAUUUGAUCAUUUCUCCUAUAUCUCAAGAACAUUUCAUUGGUUGAGUAAUGUUAGCAUAGUGAUGUCAAAACUUUAAACGACAUUAAUACCGUUCGAA